CGCAGCUCCACCACGGGACAGCGAGCACAUUGCCAGGCAGUGAGGUGCUGUGAAGGUUAUUGAUCUGAUCGGACAGACUCUCACCAAUCCGCCAUGGAGCUGCAGCUGUUCGCCACCGUCUGCAUCCUCUUUAGCAGGAUUGUGGUAACACAUCAAAAUACUCACAUGAACUGGUUUUAUACGCUUCUGUUCGCUCCUCGUGGGCCUCAGAUGUUUCCGUGUCUAACGUACCUGGAGCGAAAUGUGCGGGUGGACUGUGAGUUCCCCCCCACCUACCAGGUGCCCGGGCCGUACUGCGAGUACCGGCAGGACAGCCGCCUGGUGGGCAGCACGUUCCCCAACGCUGUGGUCUACGUGUCCACAGAGGACCGCCGGAGGAGCAACGUAAGCUUGGUGUACCCCAACCUGUGCCGCCUCACCUGGGCCCCGCUGGCCGACGAGAAGCCCUUCACCUACACAUGCAGGGUGUACCAGGGGGAGAAGUGGCUGGAGAACAGCAUGGCCGUCCAUCACAGGAUUCUUCCAAUCUGCUCUGCGAUCAGCGUAAUGUUCAAGUCCUCGCCGUGGUAUUUGUCCCUGCUGAUGACCCUUCCUGUCGCUCUGGGUCUUCUGAGUCCAUGAACUUUCACAUGGUAACGCCUCAAUGGCCGCUUCCUACAUGAUUUGUGACUCACUGGUUUGGUGGUUGACUCUAUGAAGACUUCUCAAUACUCUAAUUUCCCCUCCUCACUCCUAUCUUCGACUCCUAUCCUCGUGUCUUAGUCCCGCCCACAGGAGAUGCGAGCGUAGGAGUCGAGGAGGGGAACCGAGGAGAGAGGAGGGG